AUGCCGACGGGACUGUAUGACAAGGACUCCGAACCUGCCGCAUGCGAGCCACGCCCGACGCGGUCCAUCUUCAACGGAGGAGCUUGUGGCCAACCCAAAAGGCCCGCAGAGGCACAGCGGGGGUUCAUAUUUAGAAAUUGCGGCAGCGCGCGCAGCCAAGCCCGGGUGAAACACACAAACACUAUGAGGUCGUGCGGCGAGCGGGAGGAGCAGCGAGACAGACAGACCACCCGACCCGCCCGCAGCAAGAGUCGCAGGCAUCACAGCAACAUGGCGGCCACCUCCAAAGCUCAUCCCGAAGGUGGCCUUGCAUAUCCAGAAGCCCUCGAUACCACCUUCAGCCAGCAGCGCUCGCAGCAGCCGCGACGAUGGUCGGCACAUAUGCGCCCAUGA